AUGCGGUUCCUGACGAGCCCUUCGCCAGUUACCAGGAACUCGUCGGGUUGCACAAACCUGUUCUGCAAGGUGGCCAGAUGGAUCCUCUCCUUCAUCUUCUGCCUCAAUGGGACGAAGACUAUCGGGUUCUACUCCGGCUACAACGACACGGGCGAGGCCUUUUUGUUCUGUUCAGGCGACACCACCACUUGCCUGGCCUCCAACUCCUCCUGGACCUACUUUGGUGGCGUUCUGACGAUGGAGGUCUCCAGCAAGGCCUGCCCUUUGCCUUCCUCGGCUUCGAGCCUUCGGUGGGGAAGCAGUUUCGUGGCCCUGGCCUGGGCCUGGCUGACUGGCCCUUCCGCCUGA